UAUGAGUGCUCAUUUGAACCCGAGGUGAGAGGUGUAAACAAACACAGGGGCGGAGGAAGACGCCCUCCAGAGUCCUCGUCUUGAGUCCCACGUCAUGGAGAGAGCGUCUGUGGUCGCUCCCAAUGUGGACUUAACUAAGGUGGAGGCAGUCAAUCAGAAAAGAACUCUGGCCUUCAUUAACCAUUGGGCGCUCCAUACAGUGGCUUUUCUUAACCAGUUUUCAGCAGUCUGUGAGGAACGACUUGUAAACCUCGAUACUAAACUUCGCCGAGCUGAUCACACACUAGCUAUUCUUGAAGCCAAGUUAAAUUCAGUACCUGGGCUGGAAAGUGUGGUUGCCCCAGCUCCUGAUAGCACCCCUACAGCUGCAGCCUCAGACAGUGCUGUAACUGCCAAUACUGAUGCCACUUCAAGCCAGAGUGCAGCCGAACCAGGUGUACCACCAUCUAUUGAAACGCCUGCAGCCAUCAGUGCUGCAGCAGACGUGAAGGACAAAGAUGAGGGGGAUGAAAUAAUUCCAGCAUCUACUGCCACACCUGUCAGCCAAGACCCUCGAUACGUACAAUAUUUCAGAAUGCUAAGGAUGGGAGUGCCUGAACCAGCUAUUCGAAUGAAGAUGUCAAGUGAAGGUGUUGAUCCCUCUUUACUUGAUGAUCCAAAUGCACCAGCUCCCCCCAUGGAUGCCAGUGAAGUUGCUGGAUCUGAUAACGACUCUGACUCCGGCUCGGCCUCAUCUUGGAGUGAAUAAUUUUGCUCUAGAAUAUUGGUAAUGGAAUUCAACACAUUAUUAGUUAAUUGAUCUACAUAGUUAAAAGGUUGCAGUGAAGUAUACUGUACUUCUAGAGAAGUAUGCCUCAAAUUUAGAUCUAAUCUAAAGAAUUAGUCCCACUAAUAUAACUGAAGACAGCAAUAGAAUAAACACUAGCAGCCUUAGGAGCUGGAACAGCAGUGUGAAUCAAAUUAAUAGUGUCUAUUGGUUUGCCGAAGGGAGAGUUUGAUAUCAAGAGGACAGGCAUUGGCGAGAUUGUUUUAGUUUAGAUAUGAAGGGAAGACACAUCAGUGUUUAUAGUAUUGGAAGAAGACGAGUAAGUUCUAUUAGCUUGAGAAAGGGGACAGAUGAAAUUUCAAGGGAUAACCAUGGUGAGAGAGAGAUUUGUAAAGAAGAGAAAUUUCAGAAUUGAGAAACUGAGGGGUCAGAGGAAUGUACAUACCACUGCACAGAAGUAUGUACAUCUACCUCUGGGUAGAUUUAUCGGUCACCCUCAGUUUCUUGACUAAAAUUUCUAGCUACAGUAUUUGAAAGGCAAUUUGCAGGGAUUAAUCUUUCACAUUUUCUAACCUUGAAAUCCCUGCAAGAUAAAUACCAGUUUUAUGCUGAUACUCGGUACUGCAGCAAGAUUUCCAAGUGUAGCUACAUGAAAGAUUUACCGACAUCCAUGUUUCAGAAUCUAUACUAUAUCAGCGGUAAUAAAGUACUAGAAUUUCUUCAGCUAGAAAUCAAAUUUGAUUUUGUUUUGAUGUUGGCACAUUUGAAUAAGAUCUGGGACCAAAUCGUUUGCCUCUUUAGUUUUGCCUACUGGAGGUGCAUGGCCGAACAGCGUUCUGUAAUGUCUGCAUGUCUGAACACCAAUGCAUGGCAGAAUACGUAGCAUCAGCACCACCUUCAGCCCCCUCAUCAUCCUGAGCAUCCAUUCCCUCUCUAUAAACCUUUCAUAUGCAAGUGUGUUGUAGUGUCCAUUUAAUGAAUGACUAUCUGGUAAAUACAAUAUGUAUGUUGAGACUUAAAUGCUAUUAUAAAAUGUAGUUCACAAAGAAAUCACAUUACCAUAACAGAUCAAUGAGAAAGUCAGGAGAGCCUUGAGGAAGUCUCACAUACACCCCCCCCCUCCUCCUUAGAACACAGCAUGGUCAUGCAGGAAUUUAUUUAGGAAUUUAACCAAAUCUUCUAGGGGUAGAGACUUCCACUGAAUUCAGAGCAGAGCAUCACAUGUUGCUUCAUGCACCCUGACUGGGCUUCAGUAGUAGCCUUAGGAUCUCUUAAAAGAUCCACUUGAAUCCCAGGAUGCAUUGCUUUUAUCACGUCGCCGUAUCAGGCAUGUGCUCGAGAGUACCCAGUGUGCCGGUUUGAAUCCUCCUGGCGUCUGAUUUUCUCAAUGGUCUUAAAAGAAAAUGCCCAGCAAUAUUCAAUGGCGUACUGUAAUUUUGUUAUAAUUGUACAAAGGUGAUUUGUAAUAAACAAAAAUCGUGCAUUAUGAAACACGAAAGUGUUAAUGGAGGUUUUAGUAAGUAAUUGUUAUAUAUAUAUUUAGGUAAUAUAUAUAUUGUUCCCAAGUUCAUGAGCAUUCUACUGCUGGCAAGGUAUUUUAUUUUUCUUGGUUUGACUUUUUUUGCAUUACAGUAGUUCUGUACUGAACUCCAAAGUGAGAUGAUCUGUGAUAUAUGAUGUAUAGUCUGUUUUAAUAAACAAUUUAGCCAA